ACUUUGCAGGUAUCUUACAGGUUUAAUAGUCAAAACUCAAUGACGCCUAUCCAAUAAAUCUAACCACGUUCGACUGAUAACAAAAUUUCGAACGAUUCUCGCUUAAAUUGCGAGUGAGUUGUAAUAGCAACAUGGAGCCAAAAUCUUUGAUAGUCCUCACUCUUAUUUUAACUUUCAUCCUCGUAAAUACCGAAGCGUUGGAGGAAAAAGCGAGUAAACCAAUGUCAAAAUUAAUGCGAAGAUUUUUUGAAAAAUUUCUCGAGAGAGACGAUCGUUUAAUCAAGGAAAGGAGAGCCGCAGAAGAGCCAGAAAGUGAAGACAAAGAAAGUGACGAAAAUGAAGACGAGGAAAACGAAACAGAAAAAGAUGCGAAUCCCGCCAAACGUCAAGCGGUUCCACAGAUCAUGGCCGGUGCUCCAUCGUCGCCAUUUGCUCAAGCGGGCAUACCGGCGGCACAGGAGCCUCUAAUCUCUCAACCAGCGGUUGCUCAGUAUCCUCAACCUUUGAUCCAUCCAUUUGCUCCAUACGCUGUUCCACCAACAAGGAACAUCCAUAUUGGAUCACCUCAUGUUAAGGUCGACGUUCAAACUACACGAAGAUCGUCUGUAGAAGAACCAGCAAAUGUUGAAAAAAGAUCAGCCGAAGAGUUGAGACUGAACAAGAGACAAAUUUCUCCAGCUUUCACCCCAGUGUCCGCUGAGCCAGCGGCUGUACCUCCCAUCAGGUAUCCAGUCCCCCCAGCCGACGCGUAUCCAUUUGGAGCUGGGAUCGCUUGGCCUUCAGCUUCUCUUCCUGGAAACGCUGGUCAUCCUCCAUUUGUGUGGAGUAGAUCCACCCUUCCUGCGAUACCUAUGUUGGUACCGCGAGGGAUAAUGGGUGGCAUGGCAGGGUUUGGUGGAAUGGGUGGCGGCUUAGGUGGAGGAAUGAUGGGAUUAGGUGGAGGUAUGGGUGCUGGAGGUAUGGGUGGCCUAGGUGCACUUUUGGGUGGAGGAGGCCUUGGAGGAGGUCUCGGCGGUGGAAUGCCUGGAGGUGGGCUAGGAGGGUUAGGAGGUGGCUUAGGAGGUGGCUUAGGAGGUGGUUUAGGAGGUGGUUUAGGAGCCGGGCUAGGAGGAGGAGGAGGCGGUGGUGGAUUAGGUGCACUACUUGGAGGCGGUGGUAUGGAAAUGCCAGGGGGUAUGGGUGGAGCUCAAGGUGGCCUAGGGGGUGCUUUAGGAGGUGGAGCAAUGAUGGAUCAAGGAGGAUUAUCCGGGUUCACUGGUGGAGCUGGCGGUCAAGAUCCAGCAAUGGCCGCUGCACUACCCGGAGCAACAUCAAUGCCAGGCAUGGCUGGCGUACAAAAGAAAUCCGGUGUACCUGACAAAAAAGCGAAAGCCGCAGCAAAAGCAAAAAAGUCUCACAAAUCUAAAACGAAGUCUUCUAAACAUUAAGUUUUAAAAGAGAGAACAUCUGUGGAACAAAGAACUCGCUAGAGAAAACCAUAAAACAAUUAAUCGAAGCAUGGAGCAGACUCUUCUGUAUUUUGUAUUGACAGAAAGCGAGUGUUGAAAUAUUCUUGGUUUGUAGUUAUUUAUUUGAGGCUAUAGCAGGUUGAGAAAUUAAAUAAACAUGAGUAAUGUACUGAUUGUACUCAGCAUCAGCAUGAAGCAGAUAGGAGAUAACUGCAUGAGCAGGAGGAAUAGACUUGAAAUUUAUUGUAAAUGUAUAUGUGUCUUAUAUCUUGUAAAAUAAAAAUCUACUCAUUGUUCA